UCCGGUGGCGCGCGCAAAGGGGAACUGGGAAGGCGGAAGAGAGAGGACGUUGAACAAACUUGACAACUUCUGGCUGGCUGGCUAGGAACACGUUUAGCUACUAUGUCAACAGCACAAUUUGGGUUUCCUUUAAUACAUAUGUAGUUAGUUGAUCAAACGCCCUGACUGCAUUCACUCACCGCUGUCUCUCAGCUCGCCACACGAGUCUUAGCCGACUAAUGGACUCCAGCAGUUUCUAAACAGCCGCUGCACUUGCUCAGCGGUCCCGAAGCCCUCCACCUUCACAAAGCCAUAUUUAGCCUCCAAAAGUACCGCGGCAUUCAGUGAACCGAAGAAACUGUGGCUUCGCGGGGGCUCGGGCCGUUCCUGCGUGUGGGAAAAGUUGUCCGCGCUAUUGUAAAGAAAAAGCCAGCGGAGAGGCCUGCAGCCGAAGAGGCUGGCUGCCAGUGAGAGGAGCGCUGCUGCUGGCGAGGACGGACCGACUCACGCAACGUUAGAGCCAACAUGUCGGCCCAGGCGCAGAUGCGAGCGAUGCUGGACCAGCUCAUGGGGACGGCCAGAGAUGGAGACAGCAUGAGGCAGAGGAUCAAAUUUACAGAUGAUCGAGUCUGUAAAAGCCACCUCUUGGAUUCCUGUCCUCAUGACAUCCUAUCAGGCACCAGAAUGGACCUGGGAGAAUGUGCCAAAGUACACGAUUUGGCCCUUCGAGCAGAUUAUGAGAUCGCCUCCAAGGAGAAUGAGUACUUCUUUGAGCUCGAUGCUGCAGAACACCUUCAGUCUUUCAUCGCUGACUGCGAUCGCCGAACUGAGGUAGCCAAGAAGAGACUGGCGGAGACUCAGGAUGAGAUCAGCGCCGAAGUGGCCGCAAAGGCCGAGCGAGUCCACGAGUUAAACGAAGAGAUCGGGAAGCUUCUGGCAAAAGCUGAGCAGCUGGGGGGCGAAGGGAACGUAGAUGAGGCCCAGCAGGUGCUGGAGAAGGUGGAGAAAACCCGAGCCAUGAAGAAAGAAGCAGAGGAUGUUUACAGAAACUCAAUGCCAGCUUCCAGCUUUCAGCAGCAGAAACUUCGAGUGUGUGAGGUGUGUUCAGCUUACUUGGGUCUCCACGACAACGACCGUCGCCUGGCGGACCACUUCGGAGGCAAACUUCACCUUGGUUUCAUUGAAAUCCGCGAGAAGCUUGAAAAGCUGAGGAAAGCUGUAGUAGAAAAACAGGAAAAGAUGCGCAUGAGAAGACGAGAGGACCGUGAAAAGGAGGAUGAAAGAGAGCGACAGUGGGAGAUGGAGCAGGAAAGAGAGAGGGAGAAGCAACGAGAGUGGGAGAGGGAACGACAAAGGGAGCGGAGAAGAUCCAGAUCCAGAAGCGGAGACCGAUACAGGGACGGAGGAAGUUCAUCAUCCCAUCGUUCAAGACACCACCGCUCCUCUCGACCCAGAGAAGACGGACCCAACCGGGAUAGAGAGCGAGACAGGAAGCAUCGACACAAGGAGAGACAUCGCUCACGCUCCCACUCUCACAGGCACAAAAAGAAGAGAUCUUCCAGAGAAGGAUCAUCGCACACGCGUGACAGAGAGCCCUCCCCGUCCCAGGAGAAAUGGCGAGAGCGUGCCGGGGAGGGAUGGCGUAACGACAAAGCGGAGGGCGCAGACGUGGAGGACAGGGAGCGCUCUGCGUCUCCAGACCUGGCCAGAGGACGGGAAAGGGAGAGGUCCCUGUCGUACGAGCGCGACCGGCGCUCCAGCUCCGAGGAACGGGAGUCUGGCGAGAUCUGAACAGUUACCGCUUUUGGGUUUGGAUGUGGAGUACAAAGGAGGAAGGGAAGAUGAGCAUGCUGGUGCCAGUGCAUUUGAUUUGACUAUGCAUGUUCAAAGUGGGACACGUGCUUGUGGCUGGUGGGCAUCGAGGAAACAUGCAGACCGACUUUUAACAGACUGUAUUAGGGGGGGACUUGGAAGAGCUGUACAGUCAUUAUUUUGUUUCUCAUCUUGCUGACCUGACAGUUAAUUUACACAGGGGACAAGGGAAGGGAGGCUUGGCUUCGUUUCGGUUUUACUGAAGUGCUGUUCUUUUCCCUUUUUACAGCCGAGUUAGAUCAUUAUGGUUUUGUAGCUCUUGACUACUCUCACAUUAAUACUACAGAUGACAAGGUUCUUCUAACAAUGUUCUCUUUGUUACCUUCUAGACAAUAGUCUUAUUGAAAUCUUGGACACAAGCCUUAGGGGGCGCCGAACAACGUGUCCCCUUGGGAUAAAAGGCCAUAUUUAGAUGACUAAAAGAAACCAUCUAAAUAUUUUUAAACAUUCAGUUUACAGAAUGAUGGUCGGUGCACAUUUACACACCAGAUGCUGUAAAGUAGGAUGGACUUGAUACGGGAGUUUUGUCGGACGGGUCCAACUUGCCAUACCACCGCCACAAGUAAAUAAAACGUUCUGCUUUUGUUCAAA